UGAUAACGACACUAUUUUCACGAUUUUGUGUGUAAUUUCAUAUUUUUGUCAAUAUUGUUAUUUGUUAUUAUUAUUUACCUUGGGGCUGGGGCGACGGUCACGAGGCGGAAUCGAGACUGUACGUGUAAGGUACCUAUCUAGGUAUCAAGUCAUUAAUAUAAACUUAUCGCGAUCCGAAUUGCUAAUAUUAUGCUGAUUAAAAAUUAAAAUAUCGCCAGAAGACAACGAACCAAUAAUAUUAUGUCGACUUCUGUAAAAUGUCAAUGCGCCUUUGAACAUGACCGAAUAUGUUCGUAUGCAUUGCUAUGACUUGAUAUACUGUGAGUACCUAAUACCUACUAAAUCAAUUUUAAUCAGUCUACUUAUCGAACAAUGGCCAAGAAAAACGUUCGAAACGUUAUUAAAAAAUUGGAAUCGUCCAGUGUGUUGAUCAAUACUUCGAAUCCAUCGGAAUACAAAGCUCCAAGUGCUUUCGUUCAAACAGAAGCAAACAAGGAUCCAGAACUCAUACCGCACUGCUUCAGCUCAUUUUGCUAUUUGGGCCUGUUUGUGUGGCUCUUAUUGGAUAGAAACUACAAUUUAUUAAUCGAUCGCAACUCAAUGAUCAUUAUUGUUACAUGUUACACAAUUGAAUUCGCUAAAUUUGCCUGCCAUUCUUAUCUAGUCAGUAGAAUAACAAAUCAAAUAAAGCCAAAAGUCAAUCCUAUAUUAUGGAUACUUCAGUUUAUAGUUUCCACUGUGCUAGCAGUGGGUGUAUCAUAUUUAUUUUCAAUUCUCUUUGGCGCACCAUUGACUACUAAACAAGAACAAACUUUUGUAUUUUCUGUACUAGCAACAGCACUCAUAAUUACGCCCACUGCCAUUCAGUUAGGAUCAAAUAUAUUGCCAUUACUAUUAACUGAUUGUUUUGAAACGGAAUUCGAUAGUACUGUUGAAGUAUUUGAAAAGAACAAUUUUCGAGCAACAAUUUUAGGAGGGUUCAUUGGUGCAGCAGUAAUACCAUUCGAUUGGGAAACUGAGUGGCAACGAUGGCCAAUUCCAUGUUCAGUUGGAUUAAUAGCUGGACAUUUAUUAGCUAAUGUUUAUGAAAUAAUAUGUUGGCAGUUUAAAACAUUGAAAAAAUAUUCUGUUAAAAAAAAUAAAUUUUGAUUGUAGUUGAAGUUUAAUAUUUUUUUUAUUCAAAUUAGAUAUGUAUGACCAACAUUUGUACUUUUACAUAAUAAAAAUAAAUAGAUAUCCUACAA